AUGGAGAAGGGCCCUGGGGAGCACCUGCUGCUUGCCAAGGUGACCCCCUGCAAGGGAGGCAGCCCUUCAGUCACUGAGAACCAGAGACUGGAGCACAGCAGCGGGGGCUCUUCCAGCUCCCAGGAGGUCCACACCAAGAGCCCAACAGGGAUGGAGCCAUCUCCCUGCUUCGUGGGCUGGAUCACUCCUCCCAAGAGCAUCCCCCGGGGCUCUGGUCCAGGGGCCACUGGGCUGAGCCACACGCCCUGGGAGGAACCACCGGGUGAGAAGCCCUGUCUCUCCCAUGGCCAGAAAGCUUUUCACACUGGGCCAGCUCAGGGAUCAUGCCCCACCACUGGCAGAGUGACACAGACACUUUCACUGCCUGGGAGCAUCCCUCACGGCCCACCCAUCAGCUUGGAUGACCUGUGGCUGGAGAAGACACAGAGAAAGAAGUUGGAGAAUCAGUCCCAGGCUGAAAGGAGAAGGCACGCAGGGACAGUGCACAACGAUGGGGAGAAAUGCUGGAGGAAGAUGCUCAUCACCUCUCCAGAGUCUUCGAACCUCUGUAGAAGAAGCUGUCCACUCUCCCAAAGUGCCCCUACAGGACUGAACUUCUCGGGCUGGGCAGAGCACACCCCCAACACUGCUAUGCCUGAUGGAGCUCUGGACUCGGCCAUGCGUGCUGACGAGGCAGGGAGCGAGGAAGACCUGUAUGAGGACCUGCACGGCUCUGGCCACCACUAUAGCCACCCUGGAGGGGGCGGCGAGCAGCUGGCCAUCAAUGAGCUUCUCAGUGAUGGCAGUGUGGUCUGUGCUGAAGCGCUCUGGGACCAUGUCACCAUGGAUGACCAGGAACUGGGCUUCAAAGCUGGGGACGUCAUUGAAGUGAUGGAUGCCACCAACAGAGAGUGGUGGUGGGGCCGAGUUGCUGAUGGCGAAGGGUGGUUUCCAGCCAGCUUCGUGCGGCUGCGGGUGAACCAGGAUGAGCCCGCGGACGACGAAACCCCGCGGGCCGGGGACAGCGGGGCCGGGGACGGCGGACCAGAGGCGCAGAACAGCAAGGACCAGAUGCGCACCAACGUCAUCAACGAGAUCCUCAGCACCGAGCGAGACUACAUAAAGCACCUGCGCGACAUCUGUGAGGGCUACCUCCGGCAGUGCCGCAAGCGCGCGGACAUGUUCAGCGAGGAGCAGCUGCGCACCAUAUUCGGGAACAUCGAGGACAUCUACCGCUGCCAGAAGGCGUUCGUGAGGGCCCUGGAGCAAAAGUUCAACCGGGAACGUCCGCACCUGAGCGAGCUGGGCGCCUGCUUUCUGGAGCACCAAGCGGACUUCCAGAUCUACUCUGAGUAUUGUAACAACCACCCCAAUGCCUGCGUCGAACUCUCACGGCUCACCAAGCUCAGCAAGUAUGUGUACUUCUUCGAGGCCUGCCGGCUGCUGCAAAAGAUGAUCGACAUCUCCUUGGAUGGCUUCCUGCUGACCCCAGUGCAGAAGAUCUGCAAGUACCCUCUGCAGCUGGCUGAGCUGCUCAAGUAUACGCACCCCCAGCACAGGGACUUCAAGGAUGUCGAAGCUGCUUUGCAUGCCAUGAAGAACGUGGCACGGCUCAUCAAUGAACGGAAACGGAGACUUGAAAACAUUGACAAGAUUGCUCAGUGGCAGAGCUCCAUAGAAGACUGGGAGGGGGAAGAUCUUUUGGUCAGGAGCUCAGAACUCAUCUACUCGGGGGAGCUGACUCGAGUUACACAGCCUCAAGCUAAGAGCCAGCAGAGAAUGUUCUUUCUCUUUGAUCACCAGCUUAUCUACUGUAAGAAGGACCUGCUUCGCCGGGAUGUGCUGUACUACAAGGGCCGGCUAGACAUAGAUGGCCUGGAAGUGGUAGACCUGGAGGAUGGGAAGGACAGAGACCUCCAUGUGAGCAUCAAGAAUGCCUUCAGGCUGCACUGUGGCACCACGGGGGAGAGCCACCUGCUGUGCACCAGGAAGCCAGAGCAGAAGCAGCGCUGGCUCAAGGCCUUUGCCAGGGAAAGGGAGCAGGUGCGGCUCGACCAGGAGACAGGCUUCUCUAUCACUGAGCUGCAGAGGAAGCAGGCCAUGCUGAAUGCCAGCAAGCAGCAGGCCACAGGGAAGCCCAAGACCAUUGGCCGGCCCUGUUAUCUGACUCGUCAGAAGCACCCAGCGCUGCCCAGUAGCCGGCCCCAACCACAGGUCCUGGUGUUGGCAGAGCCGCGGCGGAAGCCAUCUACCUUCUGGCACAGCAUCAGCCGGCUGGCACCCUUCCGCAAGUGAGCUAGGGUUCAGCGAUAGCUCUCGGGACCCUGCCCACCAGUGGUC